UGCUAGACUGAACCUGUCGACAAAUACCUAGUGCAAAUACUUUCCAUGAGUUUCUUUAAAAGGAAUAUGGACUCCAUUUACAUUAUCCUAACAAUAGGUUUUGUUUUUGUCCAUGUAAAUCCAGUUACUUCAUCAUGUUUGACAGGUUGUUCUUGUACCGAUGACAGCUUUGGAAGAUCUAUGCUUUGUAUGGCGACCGCCUUAAGAAGAAUCCCAGAAAACAUCCCCCAAGAUGUCAAGAAAAUACGGAUUGAAAACUCCCACCUUACAGAAUUACCCCGAGGGUCAUUCUCCAGAGUUGGUGCCUUGGAAUAUCUGUGGCUGAACUUUAACAACAUAACGGUUAUGCAUAUUAAAAGCCUUGAGGGUUUAAAUAACUUAACAGAACUCAGGUUGCAGGGAAACAAACUGCGUUCAGUACCUUGGACAGCAUUUCAGGAUACCCCGCACUUAAACAUUUUGGAUUUGAAGCACAACAGGUUAGACGUUCUCCCAGAAUAUGCAUUAAGAUAUUUGCCGGGUCUGACCUACUUAGACUUAUCCUUCAAUCAGCUUACUGUCAUUCCGAAAGAGGUCUUUGUAAGUUGGCCUUUGUACCACUCAGCUGAGCAGCUUGGAAGAAGAGAAGAAAGCCCUCCUAAUGUCGUCUUAGCACUCAAUGACAAUCCUUGGCUUUGUGACUGUCGUCUGAAGGGUUUUGUUCAGUUCAUCAAGUCUGUCAGCCCACCUAUUAUUUUAAUGAACUCCUAUUUAACUUGUGCAGGCCCACAAUUCAGGGCAGGCAAGUUUUUUCAUGAAGUUGAAUUGAAGACCUGCAUGAAACCAGUAGCCACCACCCCCACAUCUAAUGUUACACUGCCAUUGGGGGUGAACACGACUCUCACAUGCUUGGCUAAAGCAAGGCCUUCCCCAGCAGUCUGGUGGACAUAUGGUCUGAAGAUUAUAAGAGGAUUUGAUGUGUUGCAAUCCCACAUUGAUGAUGAUACAAUUAAGUCAGAACUGGUGAUCCCUGCAUUGCACCUCCCAGAUAGAGGGAAAUAUACCUGCACAGCCUACAAUUUCAUUGGGAACGCCACUGUAAGCAUUUUGCUCAAUGUGAUUUCUCCAGAUGCACAUUCCCCUUUAUCACCCGUGUUCCCUUCUUCCUCCUCUUCCUCAUCAGAAGAAAACAUAUACAUAGACAUUAGGAUUGCAAAACAGACUGUGUACGGCAUAACACUGGAAUGGUAUGCUGCUACUGAAAAUCCAUCUGAAACCUGGUACACCCUGCACUUUGGCAAAUACGAAGACAUCAGAAAAGAGCUUAUUUACAUGGGCCCUGGCAUCAAUAGCUAUUCAGUUAAUGACUUGUUGCCAGCAACCAAGUACAAGGUGUGUGUCACAUUAAAGAACCAGGCCCCCAGAAGAGAUCAGUGUAUUGUGUUUGUGACUGGCAGCGACAUCAGCGAACUGGAGCAACGAGAGAAGCUCAUCCAUAUCAUAGUUAUUGUGUGUGCCAUGAUUUUGGCAGUGCCAGCUGGAAUGUAUGCCUGCACCACUGAAACACGCUUCAGCUGUUUUGACAAGUGCUCGGAUCUGUGCAAGAGGAAACGGCGCCAAGAGAAGAAUCUCAACGCGGGAGAAAGAGACAGGACAUUUGACAGCUUGCAGGCAGGGAGCGAUGAGGGUCUCUGUAACAGGGACUCCAGUGAGCACAAGAGAAGACGGAGGUCAGACGAUAAGAUGCAGGUCAAAGCCAAACAAAGAAACGGCGCUGAUCUGUAUUAGCUGCGGUCAGUACAGGGCAUUGUGGAGAUGUAAAAAAAAAUCUUAUUCUAGAACGCUUAUCAGGGGUUCUCAAACUCAGUCCUGGGGACACCCUGUGUCUGCUGGUUUUCAUUCCAACUGAGCUCUCCAUUACUUAACUAGACCCUUAAUUCAACUGACAAUUUGCUCAAUUAGACCUUUUUACUUGUUUUCAGUUGUAGAUUUCAAGUUACUUAUAAAAUGUUAGCGCUAACUUGAAAUAUGCAACUGAGAACCCCUGGUUUAUAAUUAUACAGUUAUUAAGUGAGCAUAAGGAGGUUUGAAAUAGACAUUGAUUUAAGUCUGAAUGUUAAGCCUUAUGAAUUAGUUUAGUGGAAGCUAAUAGAUUCGGAAGUAAAUCAAUGCCUUUAGUGUAUUCUCAACUAAAUAUAUUCCUAAUGUGACAGUACAGUACUUAUUGCAAAUGAAAUGAAACAUGGCAGGCUGUUUCUGAUGCAGACUAGGCAGAAGGAGACUGAAUGUACAGAAGUGUACAAAAACAGUAUGUUUUAUAUGUUAACAUGGAAAAGCAUAUUAUUCUAUUUUGCUUUUUGUAAGAGAUGAAUGUAUAUUUAAUAAUCUGUACCAAACUACAAUUUAUAAUUGCACACACAGAGCUUUUUAUUAUUUGAUUCUGUUUCAUCCAAACGAAUAAAAAUGAAAAUACAUGUAUUCAUUUCAAAUGUUUUUUUUUUUUCUGAAUAAAGAAUGAUACAUAAACUGUUUCUAUUUUUAGUUGU